AUGCAAGUCAUAUACAUUUUAUUAAUUGUUAUCAGUGCUCUUGCAGCCCCUAGAUGUACACCAACUACAGUUACUAAUAUUGUUAGUGAACUUAAUCCACGUCAACCAUACGGAACAAGUUUUCUUGAAUUUGAAGCUUAUACAAAGGCUUUAUUAAGUGAAGAGGUUAAAAUUCCACCUGAAAACAGAACUGAGGCUAUUCAAAAGAGAUUGAAUCAAAUCAAUAAACAACAACCACAGGCAGUCAAUAAGACCCAAGAAGUUAAUGAACAAAUUGAAAAGAUCAAUAUCAGUAUUAAAACUAUUGAACAACAAAGUGCUAAAGUUAAUGCCUCUAUUAUCGAAUCAUUAAAGAAAAUUAAUGAAACACAAAAUUCAGAGAAACUUGAAUUAAAAGCUAAAAUGGAAGAAGUUGCUAAAGAAAAAGCUUUAGUUGAAGCACUUAAUAAGAAAAAAGAAGAAUUAAGAAAGAAAACCCUUGAAUAUUAUAGACUUAAAAUUACAGCAGAAAAGAUUGUAGAAGCACAAGCAGAACAAAUGAGAAAUAGAAGAAGAUUUAUUAGAGACUUUGAAGAGGCUAAAAGAAGAAACACAGAAACAAAAGAAGCAGUUGAAAAAGUAAGGCAAACAGAACAUAAAGAAAGAGUAGCUGCCAUUAAGAGAACUAAAGAAUAUUUAAAUAACUUAAGACAACAAGAUAUUGCACAAGAAAUGAAAGAAAGAGCUGAUAAUUUAAAGAAAGAAGAAAUAGCAGAGAUGGUAAGAAGAAAAAUGUUAAUAUUAGAAGAAAAAAUUAAAACUGCAAAAAUUCAAAAUAAUGAAGAGGAUAGAAUUAAAUUAGAAAAACAACUUAUUGAAUUAAAAAGAUAUAAAAAAGCAAAAAUUGCAUGUGCUAGAGAUGCACUUAGAAAAUAUAAAUUAAAACAACAAAAGAAAGUAGAAGAUUUAAAACAAAAAGUACUUGACAGUAAACUAAAGAAUAAAUUAGAAAUUGCAAAGAAUGAUUAUAUGGGAAAAAUUAAAGCAGAAUUAGCUGAUGAAAUUGAUGAAUUAAAAAAACAAAAAACAGCUUUUGAAACAAGAAGAGUAAUUGCUCAUAAAAAAAUUGCUAAUGAAGCACAAAUUGAACAAGAUACCUUAAACGCUGCAAAAGUAACUCAAAUGAGAAAGAACAGAGAAUAUGAAAUGAAUAGAAGGGAUAUUAAUAAUAUGAGAAAUAAAGUACUUAAAGCUCAAAAACAACAAUUAGAAAGAGAUGCUACUCGAUCAAUUUUAAAUAAUGUUAUUGCUAGUAAUGAAAAAAGAAAUGCCUUAGAUAAAUCAGCUACUUUAGAUAUCCAAAUGGCUAAAGGUGAUACUGCUAAUAAAAAGAAAAUUAUUCACACUGUCGCUAAAGAAAUAAAAAAUUCAGUUGAAAGUGAAAAGAAAGGAAUUGAUACCUUAAAAGAUAAAGCCGUUAAGUCACAACAAGAAAGACAAGGUCUUAAAGCUCAAAUUGCCCGUGAUAUUCUUAUUGAUGCUCAUAAUAGAAAAAUAAACCAAUUAAAAGAAAGACAAGAAGAAAUUAAAGAAAUGGUUCAAGACAGAAUUAAUAGAAGAAAUAGAAAAGCUGCUUUGAAAGUAAACAAAGCUGAAAACAAAAUUGCUCUUGCUAGAUUACAAGGUAAAUUAGAUAAGAGAUAUGUUCUUAAGAGAGAAGAAGUUGCUUUAAAGAAUGCCAAAGCAUUGUCUGAUGCUGUUAGUGGCGUUCUUCCAAACAAUACAGACAAAUUCAUGAAAAUCAAAACCUUUAAAGUAAAAUGUGGUAAAUUAGCUAAAAAAAUGUCAACUCCAUGCACUGAACCAAAAUAA